CUUUGCCUAGUCUGAUCCACUUCCUCCGGUUCAAUUCAAAAUUCGAAGACUAGUUCGCCGCCGCCGCCAUGGCCGCCGUCACGGCCGCGAACGCCGCCCUCCUCGGUCCCCCGAUCGCCGGGGCGCGGCGCUCCGCGCGGCAGCUCUCGUCCUCGGGUGACCCCUGCCUCGACUUCUUCUUCCAGAUCGUCCCAGGCGCCACCCCGAGCACCAGAGUCCGCGAGCUCCUCGCGGACGCGUGGUUUCGCGACCCGGGCACGGCGCUCAAGCUGGUGUGCCAUCUCCGCGCCGUGCGCGGCCACGGCAAGGCGGACCGGGACGGCUUCUACGCCGCGGCGCUCUGGAUGCACGAGCACCACCCGCGCACGCUCGCCGCCAACAUCGCCGCCUUCGCCAACUUCGGGUGCCUCAAGGACCUCCCCGAGAUCCUCUACCGCGUCGUCCACGGACCCCGCGACGAACGCAAGGAGGAGGACGACCAGGCCGAGGAAGAUCCGCGCCGCCGCCGCCGCUUCAAGCGCCGCUGCAUCGACCAUGACGAGGCUAAAAGGGCCAGGCAGGAGAAGGAGGCGCAGCUCGCGCAGACCGUGCUCUCCAGGUACGACUCGGACGGCAGCUUCCGCCUCCUCUACGACCGCGUCGCCGACACGUUCGCCGACCUGCUGAAGUCCGACGUCGAGCACAUGCGCGCUGGCGAGAAUGCGAAGAUCGGGCUCGCGGCCAAGUGGUGCCCCUCGCUCCGCUCGUCAUACGACCGGGCAACUCUGCUCUGCGAGGCCAUCGCCCGCCGGAUCUUCCCGCGCGAGUCAAGCCAGGAGUACAUGAACAUCUCCGAUAAGCACUACGCCUACCGCGUCCGCGACCGGCUCCGGCGGGAGGUGCUCGUGCCGCUUCGCAAGGCCCUCGAGCUCCCGGAGGUGUACAUGACCGCGUGCAGGUGGGAGCAGCUCCGCUACGCGCGCGUGGCGUCGUUGGCGAUGCGGCAGUACAAGGGGGCGUUCGAGAAGCACGACAGGUCGGGCGUCGACGGCUUCCUGGACGAGGUGCGCACCGGGCACGCGCGCGUGCCGGUCGACGCCGCUAUGCCGCACGAGCUGGUGGCCGCGGCGCUCAAGGGCGAGCAAGACGAGUCGGCCGAGCUGCAGUGGCGUCGCAUGGUGUCCACGCUGGCGGCGGGAGGCCGGCUGAGCAACUGCAUUGCGGUGUGCGGGCUGUCGUCGGGCGGCGACGUGGCGAAGCCACCUGGCGCGGCUGCCAUCGCGCUGGGGCUGCUGAUCUCGGAGCUGAGCCAGGAUCCAUGGAAGGGACGUGUGAUCACCUUCGACACGACGCAGCAGCUGCACCAGGUGUGCGGAACGACGCUGGUCGAGAAGCUCCGGUCGCUGGCGAAACUGCGUGCCCACAAGAGCCGCCUGGACCUGCCGGCCGUGUUCGACCGAAUCCUGACCGUGGCGAUCGCCGGUGGGCUGCCCAAGGACAUGAUGGUGAGGAGGGUGUUUGUACUGAGCGACAUGGAGCUGGACGACGGCGGCUGCGGCGGCGCAUGGCGGUCGCAAGACGAACUGAACGCUAUCAGGUCCAAGUUCGAGGCAAAUGGGUUCUCGGCGCCGGAGGUGGUGUUCUGGAACGUGGGAGCCCCGGCGUCGUCGACGCCGGUGGUGGCAGCUCAGGAGAACGCGGCGAUGGUGAGCGGCUACUCCAAGAACCUGGUCAGACUCUUCUUGGAGUGGGACGGCAAGCUCACGCCGGCCGCCGUCAUGGCUGAUGCCAUCUCCGGCACGGAGUACGACUCGCUCUUGGUGGUGGACUGACCGAAUCCUUUGCUUCCGUAUCAUGAUCACGAUCAGUAGCAUGUGUGGUAUCGGACCAUGGCAACUAAUUGAGAUAAUUUGUUUUUCAAUUAGGACUGUUUUAGCGUAUAUGAUCAUUUUGGGAUAAUGUAAUGCACGUCUAUAAGAGCGGCAUGUGUCGAUUCAUGGUAAUCAUGGUAAGAAAAUUGCCAAUUAGAGUGACUAAUUCUUCUCAAGCUGCACAAGCAUCUCCAAAGAUCUCCAUAAAUAGAAAAAUUACAGGACGGAUCGGAGGGUUGUACUUAGCACACGCACAAAUAUAUUU